UUGCUACUCAAAUAUUUCAUGUUCUUUACAUCUCCUUCAAUGGCGGAAGCAGUCAAACGAAGCCGGUAGUUUUCCACUUCCGCCAUCUAUUGAAGUUUGAACAUUGCGAAGUUUUCAAGCGUCUAUCUAGUAUAUAUAGCCACUUUCCCCUUUGGUUCUUGCACUAUCAAUUUUCAUCGACUCAAUUCACAUACGGAAGAAAGUUGUGCCACUUUUUAGCUUACACAAAAAUGGCCCCAAGUUUAGAUGACGGUAGCUGCCUUUUUAACUUUGCCGUCCGAGAAGGAAACGGAGUUAAAGGAAUGGUCGAUCUAGGCUUAUCAAAGGUGCCAGAACCUUACAUUCAACCACCGAAGGAGAGAAUAGACAAGCAAAAGGCAACCAGACAUGAGCAGGAACCGAUUGAUCUCUCAAGGCUAAAUGGGCCUGACCAUGACCAAGUGGUCAAGGAAAUUGUUACAGCUGCUGAAACUCUUGGCUUCUUCCAACUUGUGAACCAUGGCGUGCCUGUUGAUUUGCUGGAGUCGCUCAAGGACGCGGCGCAUAACUUCUUUGGUCAGCCAUCGGCAAAGAAGGCUGUUUAUCGCAAAGAAGUGAGUCCGAGCCCGUUAGUGAAGUAUGGGACGAGCUUUGUCCCAGAGAAAGAGAAAGCAUUGGAGUGGAAGGAUUAUAUUAGCCUGGUAUAUACCAAUGAUGCCGAAGCUCUUGAACAAUGGCCUGAAGAGUGCAGAGAAGUUGCACUUGAGUACUUGAAGACAUCAAUGAACAUGGUGAGGAAAUUGGUUGAGGUUUUGAUGGGAAAUCUUGGAGUGCAACUGGAUGACUCAAAACUUGAUGCACUCGUGGGCAUGAAAAUGGUUAAUAUGAAUUUUUAUCCGACAUGUCCUAAUCCAGACCUCACAGUUGGUGUUGGACGCCAUUCUGAUAUGGGCACUCUCACAAUUUUGCUUCAAGAUGGAAUUGGUGGUUUAUAUGUGAAAGUUACUGAGGAGACUGAUGAUAUUGGAAAGAAAGGAGAGUGGGUAGAAAUACCACCUCUCCCUGGUGCUUUGGUCAUCAAUGUGGGUGAUACCUUACAGAUCUUAAGCAAUGGAAAGUACAAAAGUGCAGAGCAUAGAGUUCGCACCACAAGCACCAAAUCCAGAGUGUCAAUACCGAUAUUUACAACUCCAAAACCAAGCGAAAAAAUUGCACCACUUCCUCAACUUGUAGAAAAAGAUGGGGUGGCUCGGUAUAGAGAGUUGGUAUUUGGAGACUACAUGAAAAACUUCUUUGGAAAUGCGCACGAUGGCAAGAAAUCCCUUGACUUUGCACAAAUUAACUCUGCUUGAUGUUGAUGCAGAAAAUUUUGUCCUGCUCUUGAUUUUAGCAUGUCUUUUUGGUGCUUUUAAUUAUGUAGUCAAUGACGACA